AUGAAUUCUGCACCACAAUCAUCACUAGUCGCUGCUGCCGGCAGAAGCGGAGGAGAUAUGGCACCGUUUAUUCAGAAGACGUAUGACAUGGUGGAUGAUCCCACCACAGAUGAGAUCGUUUCUUGGAGCUCUGAUAACAAAAGCUUCAUCGUUUGGAACCCUCCUGAAUUCUCUCGCAUUCUUCUCCCAAGCUAUUUCAAACACAACAAUUUCUCCAGCUUCAUUCGUCAGCUCAAUACAUAUGGAUUUCGAAAAGCAGAUCCUGAUCGUUGGGAGUUUGCCAAUGAAAAAUUUACAAAAGAUCAAAAACAUCUUCUGAAGGAUAUACACCGCAGGAAACCUAUCCACAGUCAUAGUCAUCCUCCGGCUUCUGCUAUAGAUCCAGAAAGGGCAGCAUUGGAGCAAGAAAUAGAGAUGCUGUCUCUCGAGAAAAAUGCCCUUCAAUCCAAACUCUUAAGUUACGAUUAUCUUGAGACGGAAAAGCUUCAGCUGGAAGAUUUUCAGCGGCGAUUGGAUGGCAUGGAGCAGAGGCAGGCAAAUUUGCAGACUUUCUUUGACAAGGCUCUUCAGGAUUCUUUUAUUGUGGAACUUCUUUCCCGCAAAAUCGAAUCCAUGGAUUUGGCAGCUGAUAAUAAGAAAAGGCGAUUGUCUCAGGUUGAUCGCAUACAGCCUGUUGUCGAAGGUAUUUUUCUUGACAAUCCUUGCAGUUUCAGACUGGAAUUUGGUAAUGUUUUCUAUCAAGAUAUCUCAAAUAAACUAAGAUUAGAAUUAUCACUAGCUGACUUAGAUAUGAACUUUAUAUCAGGUAGCACACAGGGUUCAAAUGAAGAUGAGGAAAGCUUGCAAAAAAAUAUUUCUGAAUCCAAAGGAGCUGGUGAUAAUGUCCAAGUCGAAGCAGCUGCUCGGCAUGGAGCGAAUGAUGUUUUUUGGGAACAAUUCCUCACUGAAAGACCAUGCUGUUCAGACAAUGAAGAGGCAAUAUCAACCUAAAAUAUGUUUUACAUUUUAUACUGAAACAUGCAUUGUGAAUUAG